AUGGGUAAUGAUGGAGGAACUAUAGCCAAAAGACAAGAUAUACUAUCCUUACAUUCAUACGGAAAGAAUGGAGAAAAUGAAAAAGUUCAGAUAGCUGAUGAUGAUGAAAACUCUGACCUAACUAAAUGCGCCUUAUCUUCAUCACUAUUAUAUGGCCCAGAAGAUCCGGUGAUCGUAGGUGAUUAUAAAGGGAAAUUAUAUGACAAACUGGAAGUUUUGAAGUAUAUGCUUAAGCAAAAGAGUAACAAUAAUGAUUUUAUCGAUACAAAGGGUAAUGAAGUAACUAAUAUUUCGUCUCCAUUCAGUCAUCUUCGUUCUUUGAGAGAUAUUAUUGACGUACAUGUCAAUUGGAAGCUUAAUUCUGCUGGUCUAAGACCAACUAUUGAAUGUCCUGUAACGAAGGAACUGAAUAGUAAUACAGUUUAUGCAUAUUUACGUCCAUGCGGAUGUGUACUUUCUUUCAAGAUCUUAGAAGGACUUGAUAAAUACUUUUCUGAAAAGGGCAAUAAAUCGGAUAACGGAAUGAAAGAUUUCGACUGCCCUAACUGUGGUGAGAUGUUUUGUUUCAAGUACGAUGUUGUUAUUUUAAAUCCAAGAGAUGUCAAAGAGCGUACUGAAUUCAAUAAGAGAACUUUCAAUCUCUUACAGGAUUUGAAACUAACCCAUUCCAAGAAGCCGAUGAAGAUCAAGAAGAAGAAAAAAGAUACGUCAGAACCUAAGGGUCUUUCUGAUUCAAGAAAAAGGCGUGAAGAUGCAGACGAAACUACGAACUUAACGAAAAAGACUAAGAUUUGA